AUGGAGGACGAAGACUACGUGGAACGGCAGGGCAAGCGGCUAACCAAGCGGCAAAAGCUAAUGGAGCACCUCAACAAGCUGCCCGUGAAAUCGCCACAAGCCAUGAUCGCCCAACUGGCUGGAGCGCGCGAGGAGCAACUCUUCGCCAUUCCUCCAAGCGACAUCAAAGAGGCCGACUUUCGCAUGCGCUAUGGCUUGAUCGAGAUCAAGCAUUACACGCCCUCGUACGACCGGUUUGCUGCCGUGGAGAUGUCAGGCGAAACUCUUCACUGCGUCAACAAGCUCAUCGCCAACGAUGUCGCCUACUCGACUGCGUUCCAAGGUGAUUGCAAAGGAGAGAUGCAGGUCGCACCGAUACUGGACAGGAUGCUACGGAACCUUGGCCGCUUUACAAGGCCCCGGGAACUUGAAAAGGAGCCGGCUUACGGCCAAUCACCAGACCCGUCAUCGCCAUCUGACAAAAAAGCGGACUUUGUGCUCCAGUAUGAGGCUGACAAGGAAGAUCUCAAGUCCCAGGUGGUCCAGGUUGACGAGGAAAACCUUCCCAACUCUCAGUCUUCGGACUCUUCAGCAGAUUACCCGCUGAUAAAACCUCAGUCCGCGAGCAAUUCUUCUCCGAGGCACCAUUCAGAUUGUAAGAUGUACGUGUACACUAAUCGCUACACGCUUCGUGGACUGCGGCUCAAAGUGACGGUGGAUUUCAAACGCGACGCGGGCGUCGAGGAUCUCUACCAGCCAGCUAUGUACACCAUACAGGAACUGGUGGAGACAGCGGCGCGUCCGAAGAGCUACAGACCGCCAGUGACCAUCAUGGCCGGUGACAAGGAUGACUGGUAUUACGGAAUCCUGGAAAUAGAUGGUUUUGUUUGGGUGGAAAACCAUCAGAUUGAUCAGGCCAGCUUGCAAGAGUUCCCGGAAGAAAAGAUGGAGGUGAAUCCGAAGAAAUUCACUCCAAGCUUCACGCGUGCCGAAUUACAGAACAACUUCGAAACGUGGAAGAAGGACUUCGCUAAGAUCAAGAUGAGAAUCCCCAAUGGUCUUCACCCGGUUGGCCGCUUCUUCAUCAGGACGGUGCAAGGGUAUAACAAGAUGCCUACCCUUGGCGGUGAAGCGGAGCUUGCCAGGGGGCAAAAGAGGUUCUACGAUGGCAUGCUCAAGACUCUUGUUGGUCGUCAAGUCACCAACUGGAGUCCCCAGGAUGCGCUCAAUGCGUGGAACGCACGCAAGUGCCUCCUCGAGAUCACUUAGGUGCGCCAGCCGACAGUAAACACUAGAAAUGACACUAGAAAUGUCGGUGUUUUCAGGUUUUCCAAUUUUUGAUAGUAUAUGUAAAAAAAAAAUUCGCUACUAUCCGAUGGAAUAUAGUUUGCUACCUUGGUUCAACAUGCCA